CUAGAGCUGCAAGAAAUGCGUGCUCGUAGCGAGCAUGAGAUGAAGAAGACCUUGACUUGGUGGGACCUCAUCUGGUUCGGCAUUGGGGCUGUGAUGGGGGCUGGAGUGUUUGUCCUCACCGGACAGGCUGCUAAGAAUCUCGCUGGUCCUGCUGUCCUGAUUUCGUUCCUGAUAUCAGGCAUGUCCGCGUUGCUCUCAGUGUUGUGUUACACUGAAUUUUCAGUUGAACUCCCUGUGGCCGGAGGGUCAUUUGCAUACUUAAGAGUGGAGCUUGGUGACUUUGUUGCUUUUAUUGCUGCUGGGAACAUCCUAUUUGAGUACAUUGUGGCGGGGGCUAGUGUGGCACGUUCAUGGACUUCCUACUUCGCAACAUUGUGCAACCACAAACCUGAUGAUUUUCGUAUAAAUGUCUCAAGUCUUUCUGAGCAGUACAGCCAUUUAGAUCCAAUUGCAGUUGCUAUCUCAAUAGCCAUUUCCAUACUGGCGACUCUAAGCAUGAAGGGCUCUGCGCGUUUCAAUUCAUUCGCUACCAUAGUCCAUGUUGUGGUCAUGGUGUUCAUCAUUGUCACCGGUCUGACCAAGGCUGACCCUGCAAAUUUUACACCCUUUGCCCCAUUUGGCAUCCGGGGUGUUUUGAAAGCUUCGGCUAUGCUCUUCUUUGCAUAUGUGGGGUUUGAUGGAGUGGCUACCUUAGGAGAGGAGAUCAAAAACCCCGGUAAAGACAUUCCUAUUGGACUCAUUGGCUCCAUGUCGGUUGUUAUAGUAACUUAUUGCCUUAUAUCAGCAACAUUGUGCCUCAUGCAGCCAUACGCUGAUAUUGACGGUGAUGCACCAUUCACACUUGCAUUCCAAGCAGCAGGAAUGAAUUGGGCCAAGUAUAUUGUCGCGUUUGGCGCGUUGAAGGGCAUGACCACGGUUUUGCUAGCCAACAUCAUCGGCCAAUCUAGAUACUUCACUCACAUUGCGCGAACACACUUGGCUCCACCAAUUCUAUCGAUCAUUCAUGGGAAGACUGGGACACCGGUAAAUGCCACAGUCAUCAUGACCAUUGCCAACUCCAUAGUUGCAUUCUUCACAAGCCUUGACAUCUUGGCAAACCUUCUCUCCAUUUCAACCCUGUUCAUCUUCUCACUCGUGGCCAUUGCGCUGAUUGUGAGACGGUAUUAUGUCACCGGUGAGACGGAAGAUUCUGACAGAAACAAGCUCAUUGCAUUCCUGCUCUUGAUCAUAUUGUCCUCAAUCUGCACAUCUGUUUACUGGGCAGUGAGUGAGAAUGGGUGGUUCGGAUACAUAAUCACGGUGGCAGUUUGGUUUUUGGCCACACUAGGACUACAAUUGAUGGUAAAGCAAGCAAGAAAACCAAAAUUGUGGGGUGUGCCAUUGGUGCCUUGGUUGCCAUCAGCUAGCAUAGCAAUCAAUGUGUUCAUCAUGGGUUCAAUUGAUGGCCCGUCUUUUCUGAGAUUUUUGCUGUGGACAGCGUUUUUGCUAGUUUACUAUCUGCUUUUGGGAUUACAUGCUUCAUAUGAUGCAGCCAAGGAAGCUGAUCAGAGACGAGUUGAUGCAUCUCAGCCCACAGAUAAUGAAGCUAGAGACCAGAAUGUAGCAGCACAAGAAGAGGUCUAAGAAGAAUGAGGAUUAUUUACUGAAUCAGGCUUUUGGGCAUUUGGGAGCUAUUUGUCUUUAUUCAGCUUUUUGUACAUAAAGAUUUGUUUUCAUUCACUUUUUUUUUCUUUUUUUCUUUUUUUGAUACUACAGCAUCUACAUAGUAUUUCACUAUUUCCCAACCCCCCCACCCCCAACACACCAUACGUGUUUAUUAACUUGAUUUGCUCCCAAUGGAUUUCUAAUCAGAAACUACCGUGCAAUUUU